CCAAAGCCCAACCUCAAGUCAACGCCAACCUGAACAGCACACACCCCUCCCCUUGUCCUGCCACGCCCCAGAAUCGUCCACGUCCCCCGGCGCGGAUGCGGACACUCUCUCGUUGUCUCUCUCGGUCAAUCUCUCUUUCUUCGUUCAAGACACUUCAAGAUCUCUUUUUGCGCUGGUCACCUUGAAGCGACACGACACGCUCGACUCGCUCGUCUUCUGCAACAGCAGCCCUUAUCGUCAUCCUCGCAUCGAUUCCCCCGGAUCCCCGGCCAUCAUCAUCUGUCACCGUACCCCGUCGCUCGUUGCAACGUCCGUCGUCUGAACUUUUUGUCCCUCCAUCGUCCGGCGAUUAUAAGCUCGAUAUAGCUCCCGAGCUUCUGUUGGAAUCAUGUCAAGCUCCUUCGAAAAGUCCGUCAAGGGCGCAACGAAGAUCAAGAAUGCUCCCCCAAAGACGAAAUACAUCGAACACAUUCUCGUAGCUACCCAUUCCGGCGAAGCUGGCGUCGGCGAGGUCUUUCGCGCUCUCACAUACCGUCUCCGCGAUUCAACAUGGACCGUCGUCUUCAAAAGUCUAAUUACUGUUCACCUGAUGAUCAGAGAGGGAUCUCCCGAUGUUACACUCGCCUUCCUUUCGACGCAUCGCAAUGUGCUAGCGAUUAGCAGCUUUACAGAUGCACAAAUCCAAGGACGAAACAUUCGACAUUAUGCCCACUACCUAGCUGAGCGAGCUCGCGCAUACGAGAAGACGAAGACGGAUUGGGUGCGCGCUUCUGAGUCAAGACUUGAGAAGCUUUCGGUUGAGAAGGGAUUGUUACGGGAGACGGAAAUCGUUCAACACCAACUUGAGGCUUUACUAAAAUGCGACGUGAUGGAGAACGAGCCAGAGAAUGAAAUCACUAUAACUGUUUUCCGACUGCUUGUCUUGGAUCUCUUGGCACUAUUUCAAGUUCUCAACCAAGGACUCAUCAGCAUUCUUGGUAACUUUUUCGAAAUGUCAAAGGUGGAUGCCGAACGUGCUAUGGCCAUUUAUCGGAAAUUCACGAAGCAAACAGACUACGUCGUCCAAUAUCUGAGCGUAGCUCGUCAGCACGAACACCACACUCGAGUCGAGGUACCGAAGCUCAAGCACGCUCCUGUCAAUCUUGGGCGCCAGCUGGAGGAGUAUCUUCACGAUCCCGAUUUCGAGGUCCACCGAAGACAAUAUUUGGCCGAGCAGGAUGUCAAGAAGAUUGGUGGAGGUUCAAGCUCGAAGCAAGGAGGUCUCAGCAAGAAGAAGAGCACCGAUUUCCCCGAACCAGCAUCCAACAACCCCUUUCCCAAGAUCACAUCGUCUUCGAGCGGUAACAGGGCACCCGAAUCGAAACCGCAAGCCAACAAGGGUCCUGAUCCCGAUCUGAUCGACUUCUUCGACUCUAUCGAACAGAACCAGACACCGAUGAGCAUGAACCCUCAGCCUCAACAACAGACUUUCCAACAGCAGCCGACAGGUAUGCCGUUUCAACAGAACGGUUUCGCCGCUCAGCCUACUGGAUUUGCCUCCAACAGUCCAUUCCAACAGCCUCAGCAAACUGGGUUCAUGCAACCGCAGCAACCUCAGAUCCAGCAACCCCAGAUCCAAUUGCAGCCCGACUUCACCGGAGCUGGUUUCGGAGGUUUCACUCCUCAACAAGCCUUUCAACCAAGCUCACUCGCACCAAUCCCUCAGGAUUCAAUGGCGAGCUUUCCCAACGCUGCCCCUCAGAUUCAACAACCCGUCCAGAAUGGAUCGCCUCAGGGGCUUCAACCGAUGCAAACAGGAAGCACCAACCCCUUCCGCCAGUCUAUGCUCAUGGCUCAACAAACGGGUCUUCCAUCAUCUGCUACAACACCUGCUCUAAACCGCCAAUCUACAAACCCAUUCGCUCGAACAUCACCACAGCAAAACACUUCUCCUUUCGCCCAAGCUUCAAACUCGCCUUUUCAAUCACCAUCUCCUCAACAGCAACAGCAACAACCUGCUCUUCAACCUACACCAACCGGCACAAACCCCUUUGCACGCAACUCCAUGAUGCCAGCGCCAAACCAAGAACAACGUCCACAAACAGCUGGCGCUGCUCUCGCUCCUCAACCGACCGGUACAACCAACCCCUUCCGAAACGGCGCCUUUGUCAACCACAACACAGGUAUGGGAUGGCAAGCUAACCAGCAGCCUAUCGGAGGAGGCCUCGACCAACUCCCAACAGUACCUGUGUUCCCUCGUCCAGCUCAACAGACACCUUGGCAGCAAUAAGAUUAUCGAAGCAGCCGUUCCAAACAAACCCAUCAUAUCUUACAAGCUCAAAUCAAGACAUAAUUCGCAUCGCGUAUUCCACAGCGCCCUUUUGUUUCCAUUUCUUGGCUGUAACAGCCUCCCUUUCCAUAUAGUAAGCGAGGCGUUUUCGGGGGAUGAGAUUCGAAAAGAGGAUUGCAAGGCCACAGGAUGAGCACCCAGGAAGAUACAGUAUGCUUCUGAAAUUGCCCUUCAAUCCUCUCCUGGUGAUUUUCCUUUUGGAUUAGUAUAGUAGCAGUCAUACAAAAAUACAAUUAUCAUCAAUUAUUUAUCUGUA